UGCUCGGGGAAUGACUGUGAAGUGGCUCAGAGGCCCAUUGGUCAUGCACUUGUACCGUAGGGGGCAAGAGGUGGAGGAAGUCCAGGCCCCUGCAUUCCAAGGGAGGACAAAGAUGCUGAGAGAGGACAUGGCUGAGGGCAAGGUGACCAUGAGCAUACAGCAGGUCCAGCUCUCUGACGCCGGACAGUACACAUGUUAUUUCCAGGAAGGCACCUUUUACAGUGAAGCCAGCUUUGACCUUCAGGUAACAGAACACCAGAAAGAACUAUUCUCAGUUAUUCCCCUUGCUCCUGUCAUUGAGGCCAAGCAGGGAGAAGAUGUCACACUCUCCUGUGAGCUCUCCCCCAAGAUGGAUGCUCGAGACAUGACUGUGACCUGGUUCAGAAACCAGACCCUUGUGCACAGGUACCCCAAUGAGGAGAAGAUGGAGGAGUCCCAGGGAGCUGAGUUCCAGGGGAGGAUGGAGCUGCUGAAAGAUGACAUGGCUGAGGGGAAGGUGACCUUGAGGAUCCAGAAGAUCCAAGUCUCUGACUCUGGUCCAUAUACUUGCCAUUUCCAGUCUCCUGACAAUUAUGCUGAAGCCCACACUGAACUGCAGGUAGCAGAGAAUUUCUCCAUAUAUAAGAAGACACUUAUACUCAUUGUUGCUGUCUGCUUGGUCUUCACUGUUUCCUCCUUGGUGAUUUAUUUCUUCUGGAAAAGAAAUCUAUUGAGAACCAGAGAGAUUAUUUCAUCGUGUAAAGUUUGAGGAGGAGGACAGAGAAGCCACAGGGACCCCACCGGCCUGUCCUGGGAAUUGUGAGUGGAAGCUCACACAGGGGACCAGGUAGAGAAUCUUCUGUCCUUUCUUGAUACAAGAGGAGGAAGGCAGAAGAUAAAGCAUCAAGAGCUAUAAAUCUCAUAUAGAAUAAUAUGAGAAGUGCAUGAGAAAGUGGCAAAAUAAAAUGAUAUGUGAAGAUUAGUGGAGAAGAUGUUAGUGACACAGCAAUCAAGGAAGGAUCCCUGGAGGAGGAAAUAUUUGAAUUGGACUUUAAAGAAUGGGUGGAAGGAGUUGGCCCGGCUCCAGCUCUGCCGGGUUCAGGGCUCCGCCCCCCUCCAGCACUUCUUUUUCUCCCGCUGCCCGCACCCGCCAAACUUGAGGUGACCCCAGCCCAAGACAGCAGCUGCCCCACUCACUGCCCCGCACGCCUCCCCCAUCCCCCUCUCCCCACUCCACUCCGGUCCCCGGCGGGCGCCGCUCCUCGCCCCCUUCUCUCCCUCCCUCCUCCUCAGCCCCGUCCCGCAACAUGAGCAACCUGAAGCCGGACCGCGAGCACUGCACCGCACCGGCACCGGCAUCGGCGGCAGCUUGGAAGAGGAGGUCGCGACACUUUGUCAGCGGUCUCCCUGUGGACAUCAAACCGAGAGAACUCUGUCUUCUCCUCCGGCCGUGUAAGGGGUAUGAAGGGACACUGAUCAAGCUCACAUCUAAACAGGCCGUAGGUUUUGUGACUUCUGACAGCUGCGCUGGGGCAGAAGCCGCCAAAAAUGAAUGGAAUGGUAAUCGUUUCGACCCCGAGAAUCCACAAACCUUAAGGUCAGAGUUUACCAACCCCCAAAUCGUUUUUCUGCGGCUCUGCUUCAAGGAAACAAGACAUUUAAUUUUGCAUGUUUUCUGGCAUGAAUUGACAUUUAAACUUGUGUAUGUGCGAGUGUACAGUUUGUUCUAGCGUUAGUGUCACCAUAGCAACAGGUUUGGGCCCACUUACUGGUCCAUCGUUCCACACCCCAUGCCUCCCUUCCCCAUUAUCUCUAGCUUCCGUGAAGAGAAGACUUGGCUUUUAAACUGAGAAAUGGUUACUCAUCCCAGUCUUCUUCCACUUCCCCAGGAUGGGCAAAAUGAAGGAAACACCUGUCCAAUGAUGCACUGGGUUUUCUCUUACAUUUUGCCUCAGGGUCCUCCUCUUUCUCCUCUGAUGGGCUCUCCCCAGAGGACAGUUGUGCCCUCUCCACUUUCUGAUGCAGCACGUGCCCUUCCCUGCCUUGUCAGUUGUUGUCCUGCUUUCUGAACUUCCAAACAACCAAAAAAAGUUCAAGUAUUUUUGUACCAUGCGUAGCAAGGCUAUAUUUAUGCAUCAUAAAGGAUUUCAGGUGUGUGUUUGUGUGCAAUUAAUAAAGAGAAAUGGUUAGCCGUGUCAGGUAAGUUCAUGUUUAGUUUGAAGCUGGAAGAAAGGAGAUUCUAUUCUUUGGUGAUAAUAUUUUUGUAAAACAAAUUUUAACAUGAAUGUUUUAAACUUUUCGUUCCAAAUUCUCUUCCUCCCUCCCUC